AAUGCUCGGAGACCCUUUUGUAAACAACGCCACCACCCCACCAUCAUCAUCAUCCUGGAGGUGGUCAGGAUGCUGCCCUCCUCCUGCUAUCCUGGAGGUGGGCAGGGUGUUGCUCUCCUGCACUGGCACAAUGUCUAGCCUACAUGAAAUAAAGAGUCUGGAUGAAAUUGUAGAUCUAUCAAGCCAGCUUCAACCUGAAGACCAGAAAACUGCAGCUGGAUUUUGGUAUGCAGCACUCAAGCAAAUUCAGACUCUGUGGAGUAAGUCUUCACCAUCACAAAUUGAUAAGCACUGUGCAGCACGGCAGCUUCUUCCCGGAGAAGAAUCAUCAACUGAAAGUAAAUUUUGCUUAAUUAAUGACUGGAAGAGAAAUAUCCAGCAACCACGAACACCCGUUAUUGCAAAGAGAGUAAAAGACGAGAGGAAAAAUGGUGAGACAAGGAUAAACUAUGAAGAACAGAAUAUGAAGACUGUGAUAAAGCAAGAAUUGACAACAGAUGGUCAGGAAGUAGAAAGGGAGGACAAAAUUAAAAUCAAUGAUCCUAAUGAGGUACAGUCGGUUCAUCUGAUGAUAUCUGCUGAUCCAAUUCUGGUGCCAAACAUGAGUAAAUUUAGGAAAGUUUAUAAAAAUGAAGUAACGGGCAAGACAGAAACAGCUUACCAGUGUGAAAAGUGUCCUAAGCAGUGUCGAACAGCUUUAGCUUUGUACAAACAUAGAUCAUCUCACAGCAAAAGUUUAGAAUGUCCAAUUUGCCACCAAAGACUAUCGAAUCGACAUGCCCUUAAUGUUCACAAAAGAACUCAUACUGGGGAAAGACCAUUCGAGUGUUCAAAAUGUUCCUCUAGAUUUACAACACGUGGUAAUCUUGCACGCCACAUAGCAAGCCAUGAUGGAGAAAAACCUUGGCAGUGUGCAAUAUGUGGUAAAAGAUAUACUGAAAAGAAAUCCCUCAAGGUUCAUAUGCGUACUCAUACUGGAGAGAAGCCCUAUGCGUGCACACAAUGCCCCAAAAGAUUUUCGCAGUCAGGAAUCCUUCAGGCACAUAUGUUGAUCCACACAGACCAAUUUGCUCAUUUAUGUGAUGUUUGUGGAAGAUCCUUCAGACAGCGCUCACAGUUAAUUACACAUCAUCUGCGCCAUGAAGGAGUUCGCCCAUUUCCUUGUCCGGAUUGUGAGAGGAGAUUUACUACAAAAGGAGAUAUGGAAAGGCAUCUUAGAAUACACACUGGAGAGCGACCCUUCCACUGUGAUGUGUGUGGAUCAUCUUUUGCUAGACCCCAGACUCUUCAGGAACACAAAAAUCGUCAUUUUAACUUUAAACCAUAUGUAUGUAAAAUAUGUGACAAAAGCUUCCAUGAACUUGCUGCUUGUUCACGUCAUGUAAAGGGUCUUCAUGGAAGAGAGAAGGGAAGUACUCCAGCAUCGGCAAACAUACUUCGCCUUGCUAACACAGACAAAAAACAUGAAGAAGAAAUAGGAAAGCAGAGCAUCCUUAUCACUCAACUGAAUGUUGGAAAUGGAGCAGGGAAUGGGACAAUGGAGGACAGAGAUAAUAGUGGAGAGGAAGAGGUUAGAGAAGAAAGUGAAGGAAUUGAGGAGGUGGAGGAAGAAGAGGAAAUAAAGCAUCAUAUAUUUGUUAUGCACACUACUGACAAUGAAGAGACAGAACUAAUCACUAUUGCUGAGUCAUCAAACUCACAUGGUGAAAAUAGUCAAAGUCAAGAUUCACCAGUGUCUUGUGAAAAGUGUGGCACUUUGAUGUCCUCUGUUGCAGUGUUGAGAAAUCAUGCUAGGAAUUGCAAAAGUCAACAAGGAGUGUCCGUAGCAGAAUGGUUAGUGCAUCGACACAGAGAAAGUCCGAGCACUGACAUGGAAGUUACUGUUGGGGACAACAGCAGAAGUGAUGAGGAUCUUGGUCAUGCAGAGGAAACUAGUGGAGGACUAGAAUGUGUUGAGGAAGUAGAUGGAACAGGACUGAGCCACGCUGUGACCAUUAUUGAUGAUGGUAGCAUUACCUCUGUACCACUUUCACAACUGGCACCACUACAUAUACAACUAGAAAAUGACUACAUGGUUGUUCUGAGUAAUGGGACGUGAACAAAAGAGGGAUCGUUUGCAACCUUUCAGACACGAGAGUUAUAGACAGAAGAAAACAAGAUAAACCUUACAUGAAGCUGCUGAGCAUUUGUUUCGUAUCGUCAUUGACUCUCGAGUUGGCAAAGCUGAUGCAGGAGCAGUAUAGCGCAACCCAAGCACACCACUUCAACUGCAAAUGACAGCCCUGAGGUUACCUGAGGUUUCAAUCAACUUGCCUAAAAGGUCAACACUUCAAAAACGAAGGGUGAACAGGAGCACUGUCCAGAGCGAACGAUGCACUAGAACCCCUACCCCAGCCAGGAACCAGGAGAUAUGGAUCUACACAUGGCCCAAAGCUGGAUCCGAAGAACUCAACUGAAGCAGACUGAGGCUAAAAUACUGCACUGCCAGCUAUCAAAGAUUGAUCUACCUUCCCUUCCCGCCCAACCACUUGGGCUAGACAGUAGAGCGAAGGCCCAUUUUUUUGCAAGCCGGUUUUCAAUCCCCGACUGUCCAAGUGGUUGGGCACAAUUUCGUCCCCAUGUCCCAUCAAAAAUCCUUAUAUUGAUCCCUUCCAAAUGCUAUAUAGUUAUAAUGAUUUAGUGAUUUCUCCUAAUAAUUCCCUUCCCUUCCCUUUCCCUCCAGAAAGUAGAAAGGGUGUAAAAAGAGAGGCAAACCGCAAGGAAUACAACUAAGAAGAUUCCUGAUGAUCUAGAACUGCACAAUGGAAAGCACGACAGACCGCAUAUAGUGUAAAUAUGCAACGACAUCCCACAGCAGCAGCUCAAACAACUAGAGCAAUGCUAUCAAGGCAAUCUUUGAAGACAACACAAAUGGUGAAACCAGCUGGGAAGAACCCUGCUCUAAACAUAAUUACACCUGAUCAACCAGGCUGUGACUCAUACGUCAGGCUGCGAGCAGCCGCAUCCAACAGCCUGGUUGAUCAGUCCGGCAACCAGGAGGCCUGGUCGACGACCGGGCCGUGGGGACGCUAAGCCCCGGAAGCACCUCAAGGUAACACUGAGAAGAGCUCCAGAGUUGCACAAAAAUGGAGACCCUAUGCCAAAUGGAUCUAAAAUUUGUGGUCCAACAUGAUCUAUUACAGUAUGUACUUAUCAUUUUGACAAUGGCAUAUGAUAGAGCAAUCAUUGGCAAACAAUUCCAUUUAAAAAUCAUAAUUACAGUAUAUGACAAUUAUUGGUGGUCCCAACAUAACAUAAUGACCAGGAUUUACACAAACUCAACCAUUCUUGACAUAAAUCCCAGUAAAUUGAGGGUACCGGUAGUAUAGUCGAGUUCGUUCUUGACUCGCAAUCUAGAAUUCUGGGUUCAAAUCCCAGGCAAGAUAGAAAUGGCGGGUGUGUAUCCUAUCACCUAAUGUACCUGUUCACCUAGCACGAAAUAGGUACCCAAAAGUCAGUCAGCUUAUUGUGGGGUUGCAUACUGGGGAGGGUCAGUAAUUAGACCCUAGGGAUAGGGGGGAAAGGGGGGGGGGGAACCUGGAUACAAACCUAACAUGUACUGUAUGUAUAACCUGGCUGCCAGUCCUCCAACACAAUGAAUUAUUAUUAUUAAUAAAUUAUUCGCAAAAAAUUCUUUUAUGAUGCGUCUUGAUUAUGGCAUAUGAUACUGAUCACGGAUAAUUUGGUAUUAAAAUUAUAGAUGUACACACACACAACUUUAUUGAAACCAAACAUUCAAAAGGAGAGAACUUUUUCACCAAGCUUGAGAGAGGAAAUGAGGAAGGGAUAGUCUCACACCCUCCCUCCCUCUUCCCCCAUGCCCAGCAUUCAGCCAACUGCUGUUGCUUUGUCACACUUUUGGCUCACUUCACGCUCAUGCCAUAAAUUUUUCAGUAAAGUGAAAAUGUAUUUUGACUUAAUUACAAUCUUCGGCACAAUAAUUACCGAAUAAUGGACAUCCAUGUUAGUCACAAGGGUUGAGUUGACGGUUCUCCAACCUCCUAUCAAUUAAAAAACUAGAAAGAUCAGACCUAUGUGACAAGUAUUGAAGUAUUAUUAGUGUGACUCCAACUGUACACACAGAAGAUGAUGCAAGGCACCAACAUGGCACACGAGUCAGAAUCAGAUAUAACACACACUAAAAUACCCAGCAACAGGCCUGGCCACGUGGACCGAGGCCCAAGCAGUACUGAUGUAAUGGCAACUCAAAAGGAGAAGCCCUGACUAGGACAACACCCAGAAUCUUGAAAAAUAUUACUGGUGGGAAUGGGUAAUACAAACUAGCUACAAGGCAGAGAGUUGAGAAACUAAAUCAGAAUAAAUGAACAGCUAAGGGCACACAAGAUGGGUGCCUUAAACUGACAAGUGAAGCAUGAAUAUAAACAAUACAAAAAGCAUGGCUCCCACAGAAAAUGUUCCCAUGAAUGCCAACAUCACUUACAUACAAUAUACAGUAGUUCAUAAAAUAUGAGUUGAAAACAAAAAAAACUGAGCAAGCUAGUGCCAGGAUGAAUAGGGAUGAUAGUGGUAGACAAUAGGGAUGAUACCGUGGGCUUCAGAACAGACCCUAUAAUGCCAGAAACCCAAAACUUACUCUCAUCAUUAGACCACACAUGCUGAAGAUCAUGCCUAGUACAUUCAUGUAGUCAGUAGUUGGAUCUUCACCAGGGGCCCCUGGAGUCCCUUGUGCUGAUGGUUUGUACCUGUCAAUGGUCAAAUUACAUUAUAUUGCAGUUGGUAUGUAUAAAAAUGUAAUAUUAAUGUAUUAUUAUUAUUACUGUAUCAGUAAGGUGUUAUUGAUCAAAUAAGUAACAUUAAAGCAUGAGUGAGAAGGCAAAUAAAAUGAAUUCAAUAAA